AUGUCAAACAAUAAUGUUCCAUUCACUCCCCAGAACCUAUACUUCACCCUCGGGGAAUUCAUUUUGUCAUGGCUCAAUAUCAUUUCUUACCAUAGGAAAUUAUAUCCUCCAGAAUCAUUCAACGCCAAUGAACUAACCUCUUUUGGUAUCAUAGUUCCCAUGAGCAGACAUCCCAAUGUAAUCAAGUGGCAGAAGGAUUUGGUUGCAGAGAUACUCGAGCUUUUGGUGGAUGUCCAACAAAAAACCAGUAUCAACAGAUUCUCUGAUAAGAUACUCGAUCUGCAAGAUGACGAUGAUGAUAUUGAAAUCAGCAAUAAAAAUGACAGAUCAAUAACCAUUAACAGAAUCAAGAGCGUAUCGCUUAUAAUUUUCAAGAAUUUGUUUCCGAAAAAAAACACCAAGGGCUUCAAUCCAUCAAUUGACCCGAUCCCCAUCGAAAAAUUCACUAUUGAUUUAUCCCAGAUACAUAUCCCUUCUAAUGACGACUUGACAAAACAAAUCGAUGCGACCAAUACCCUCAACUGGUCAAUGGUAUAUGAAGAAUUCAGAUCUGCGGUAAUGGAUCUAUUAGCUAAAUUGAGAAUCGCAAAUGAUAGUGAUCCAGCUGAUCUAGGACCACAAAAACCUGAAAAUGAUCCAUUUGACCAAUUUCUGGGAUCCUUUGGAUCAUCAUUAGAAAGUCUGGCUAAAGGAGGUAUUAAAGCACACUCUUUGCCGGCUACUGAGAAUAUUAAUCAAAUAUCAUCAUCGGCAAUUACUACUGAUUCCCAAAAAAAUAGAACGGUCUUGGAUAAUUACGACAUCGAACUCUCUUACGAUGUGUAUCUUGAGACCCAUAAAGACUUAAGCAUAACAAAUUAUAGCCAGGAUUGGAUGCUAGAUACUAAACAGCAAUUGGUUAAUAAAUCAGAUCAAACUCAUCGAAACCCAGCGGUGGCUAACGAUUCACAAGGGAUGAAAGUACAGUUCAGGUCGAUUAAAGGGGUGGAAGUGGGUCCAUUAGAGUUUCAUCAAUGGUACGAGAAGGUGGUAUGA